AUGUCUUCUACCGUGUACACCAUCACCAUCCCGACCUUCACUAAUGGUCUCCAGACCCUCUCCCACAUUCUCAAGAAGGGCGAGGAGCAUGCCACCGAGAAGGGCAUCGCACUUGACACUCUCCUCAACGCCCGUCUCUACGAAGACAUGAAGCCCCUCUCCUUCCAGAUCUUUGCCACCGUGCUCAACAUCCGCAAGACCAUCGCCCGCACCCAGCUGGUGGAGCCCCCCGCUCCCUUGCCCGAGGCCAAGACCUACCAGGAGCUCUACGCCAGCAUCGACGCCACCCUCGCCGAGAUCCAGCAGCUCGCCCCCGCGGGCUUUGCCGGCAAGGAGCAGACGGCGUUCAAGGCCCCCCUGGGCGACCACGAGGUCGAUUUCACCCCCGAGUCCUAUGCCCUCAACUUCGGACUGCCCAAUGUGUAUUUCCACAUUACGACCGCGUACGCCAUCCUGCGGGCUCAGGGUGUGCCCCUUGGCAAGCUGGAUUACCUGAAGAGCUUCCUUGCUUGA